AUGUUUCAGGCGGCUGAGACUUCGAAUAUUGUCAAAGGGUCCAUCGAACGAUGGAAAAAAUUGGACACGUUCGUAACGGAAAUGAAUGAAGAACUCAACAACAUGGAAAAGAAUAUCCAGAAUGGGGUAUUCGCGGAAAAGGAUGUUCAAGAGGUGGUGGAACGUGUUAUGUUCAAUCGACUAUUCCUUCUGAACGUGAUCAAGGCUCAGAGACUCAUUGACACAUUUCGAAUACCAAAUAUGUCACAAGAUCAAAUCGAGCUUGUCAAGGAAGGUGUUUUCUCGUUUUGGAGAACUCGAGGCAUCACACUUGAUUAUUUACCGCAAAUCCUUGAGCAUACGGACAAAUCUGAGAUCGACCUGUUAAAAUUGUAUGAGAGCUACCUGUCCGGUGCGCAAUCAAAGUAA